GGUUGCUUGAUAACCGAAUCUUUUGUUGUUACCGGUUUUGUUGUAAACAACGCAAGAAUACAACAGAGAGAGAAAAAAGAGGGAAGAACACACAAGCUUCGGUGGUGUACAGUUUAUGGCGAAAUUAAUGAAGUUAACGAUAAGAAAAGUGCGAGUUUAGCAAAAUGUAUCGUUUGGUGGGACUUUUGCUGGCUUUCCUUACUUUCGCCCACUCGAUUACGGUCGACGAGCAUGGCUACAUCAUGUACUGUCCGUGCAUGGGUCGUUUCGGCAACCAGGCGGACCACUUUCUCGGUUCGUUCGGGUUUGCGAAAGCCCUCAACCGAACACUCGUCCUGCCGCCCUGGGUCGAGUAUCGCAAGGGCGAGGUGCGCUCCAUCCAGGUCCCGUUCGAUACCUACUUCCAGGUGGGACCGCUGCAAGCCUUCCAUCGCGUCAUAACGAUGGAAAACUUUAUGAAAACUCUUGCCCCCUCACUGUGGCCACCGGCCGAACGUAUCUCGUUCUGCUACACCGAGCGCAUGGGACUGGAUGGGAGUACCGGGCACGGCUGUAACGCCAAGAGUGGCAACCCGUUCGGACCGUUCUGGGACACGUUCGGGGUCGAGUUCGCUGGGUCGGAGUUUUUCGGCCCGAAGCUCAACUACGACAUCCACCACGGGGACAGCAUGGCCCGGCGGUGGAGCGAACGCUAUCCGGCCGCUCAAUGGCCCGUCCUGGCAUUUACCGGUGCACCGGCCGCCUUUCCCGUGCAGCAGGAAAAUCUCCUACUCCAUCGCUAUCUUCGCUGGUCGGUGAAGUACGAAACCGGGGCGAAACAGUUCAUCCGCGACACGCUGCCCCGUGGCGCGUUUAUCGGGGUGCAUCUGCGGAACGGCAUCGAUUGGGUGCGGGCCUGCGAGCACGUGAAGGAAAGCUCGAACCUGUUCUCCUCGCCGCAGUGUUUGGGCUACCGGAACGAGCACGGCCAGCUGACUGCGGAGCUGUGUAUGCCGGGCAGGGAUACGAUCAUCCGGCAGCUCAAGCGUCAAAUCAAGCUGCACCGGGAAGCGGCGCCGGACAAUCCCAUCCGGGCGGUGUUUGUUGCCUCCGACAGCAACCACAUGCUGGGCGAGCUGAACGAUGCGCUGAAGCGCAUGGACGUGACGGUGGUGCGCCAUCCGGACGGAAAUCCGCAUCUGGAUUUGGCGAUACUGGGACGCGCGAACCACUUCAUCGGCAACUGCAUCUCGUCCUAUUCGGCGUUCGUGAAGCGCGAGCGUGACGCGAACGGAUUUCCGUCCUCGUUUUGGGCCUUCCCGCCGGAGAAGCCGGGUGCGAAGGUGAAGGGAGCCGGCAGCUCGCCCCAGCACGAAGAACUGUAAGCCAUGGGUCGAAGGAAACGACUGCUCGCGGAAUGGGUCAGGUAGUUGACCCUUUGCCACACAAUUUUCUUGUAUUAAGGAAUCGAUCUGAGUAGAGGAAUAAAUUGUAUUACAAACAGCACAUAAA